AUGGGAGAAACCCAGCAUGUUUAUGCCACCCGUGAUGUUGAGUCUGGUGGCCAGGACAAAGUGCUCGGCUUCGAACCAUUCAGCAAGAAAGAUCCGGGUGAAGUUGAAAGCAGAUCCGAGUUGGAGGGGCAAAGUGGGGGCCACAAUGGGGCCGACGUGGUCAGCAACAAGGAGAAGGAGCCUCAGAGCCAGCGGGAAGCGGUGAUCCGCCCCCAGAAAGCAGGCAAGAUAGACUUCAAGUCCCUCAACAACCGCCCCAGGUUUUCUGGGGGCAGCCCAUGGGGUGGCACCAAAGGGAACCCCCCCUCUCCCCCUGGAAGGAGCCGGGCAAGAGAUAAGAGCAGCCGGAGGGCAGGGAGGAGCGAGCGGAGCCAUCAGCAACUCUACCGGCUCACCCUCAACAAUGCCAGGCCCAACCCCACCAUUGGCAUUGCUUACCCCCAGCAGAAAAUCAUGCCCCCCAAGAAGGUGGAAGCUGACCGAGGGCCGGCCUUGGGGAGCAACAGGUUCCACGCGCCCAGCCUCCCCGAAAGAGAUCUGAAACUUUCCGAAGAAGAGCUGAGCUUUGGCCCCUGUUUUUCAGAGGCUCCCACCAGCCACAUCUCCAGCAACUAUACCUCACAAGCCAUCACUGCAUGUCCAGGCCAUGGUUCGAAGAUACAACCACUGGUUAAUGAUCCUCCUGAAAACCCUGGCACCAAAGGGCAGCUCCCUUACCUGGAGUUCCAAGCCAACGGAAGUAACGUGUGGCCUUCCCCCGACAAAGGCUACCUUGGUGCUAAUAAUGGACUCCCGGCCCCCAAGCCGAGCACGCAUUGCCUAGGGCCUCUGUCCUUCCAGUACCCCUUCUCCCCUUUGCACAGUUCAGCCUCAGAUCCGUUCCAAGGGGAGGCUCACCCCCAAGACUAUGCCAACAGCAUCUCGCUGGCCACCAGCCAGGCUUCUCAUGGUGCUUUUGCCUUCCAUUCUUCCUCCAGGGACUGGAAGGAGGAGGUUCGUGGCAACGGCUCCUAUGACAAUGUGGAGAGCAGGACUUACGGGCUGACUCCUCCCCCUGCUCCGUUCCACCUGCCCCAGGCGCCGGGACACUUGCCAUGCUACAAAGGAAGGAACGGGCCUUCCGCUGACCAUAAUGGUGCUAUCUCGCCUUCUGGUGCUAUUGACCAAAUUCCAAGCACUUUCCAAGAAAACCAAGCUGUUUUCCCACCCAGUUUACAUGCCUCGAGUACGCCGAAGGCCGUGGGCAAGAGGCAUCCGUCUUUGUCAAAGGACGGCGUAGCUAGUCAAAGGAUACUGGAUGUAGGCAGCUCUCUACGAAGGAACGGGCUACCAGUUACUCUCCCGCAAGUGCACUUUCAGAGCAAGGCUUCCAAUGAAGCGUCCAGCGUGGUGCCUUUUGAGAAGAGCCUUCCCGCCAGCGUUCAGGCCCACCCCCAGCUCCUGCAGGCCUGGGAGGGAGGCAAAAAGACUUAUCCCCCCAUGGAGCCCAGCUCAGCGGGGUGUCCCAGUCCAGGGGGCAGCCAGGUCUCCUUUGGGUACCAUUCGGGUCUUGGCAAAAGGGCCUGGCAGCAUCUGCAUCUCACCUCUGGUGUGCCCGGCCAGAAUAGACUCGAGCUGUCCAGAAAGUUGGCCAGCCAGAAGCUCCCUUUCCCUCUCAGCACCUCGAAGUGGGAGGAAAGCAAGAAACUGCCCCAAAGCCCCACCAGCUAUCCCAGUAAAGCUCUGGGGGGUGAGGACCUGGCCCAUCAGAACUGUAGCUCAGCCAGCGGCCUCUGUUUCGAAGGGUCACCCGAAGGAGAGACAUCCAAGAGCAAGACUUUCUUCCUCACCAUGAGCCCAGCACGGCCUCCCAUCCCAUCUCACCACCCGCCCAGUCCCAGUUUAGGGUUGCCACCAGCCACCUUAGCCCCAUCCCCAAAGGGGUCUCCUCUCUCGUCCCCCACCCCCAACCUCAACAGCAGCUGUUCCUCACCCUCCCUCACCUCCAGCAGCCCUCCUGGCCACAGCUUUGAAGAUGAAGCUGCCUUGGCUGCCUCCACCUUCUUCCACCACCAAGGGCACCCAAAGGAUGGCAGGAAACCCUUCCAGGCCUCGGAGCUGCUGGGUGCCAGCUCGGUCCCCUACCAGGUGGCCAACCCUAUCAAGGCCUUUCAACAAGAACUCCUCUACAAGGGCGUCUCCGUGGACAGUCAUUUCCAAAAAUCCAACGUGGAUGCCUCCAAAAGGUGCCCGGAGGGUUUUGAGAGUGAGCUGCCUCCACCACCUUACCCAUAUUCCUCCUCCCGUCACUUCCUGGCCAGCUCACUGAGCAGCACGAGUCUCGACCAGUUGGAUGUUUUCCUGACUUGCAAGCAGUGUGAUCAGAACUUCAGCAACCUUUCGUCUUUCUUAGAGCACCGCCAGUUCUGUGGUUCUCACGUAGUCCUCCCAGGUCAGGCCAAGGACUCUCCCGGAGGAGCAGAAGUCAAGAAGCAACAUCAGGCCUCUCCUGAACCUGCAAAGCACGGCCAGACUAGCCUGGGGAUGCUUCUCCCUUCAGACCCUCAUUUGCAACUGCUUGCUUCGAACAAGACUGUGGACUUCUUGGUGGACGUAGAAGGUAAAGGAGAAUCCAAAGAUGAUCCUCUGAAACUGAACCAGCUCAAUGGCUUUCCUGGAAACUUCUUGCCACUCAACACUUCUGACUUGGAGAUCGAUGAUGCUAAACUAGACAGCUUGAUCACUGAAGCUCUGAAUGGACUGGGAUACCAGUCGGAUAACCCUGAAAUUGACAGCAGCUUCAUAGAUGUGUUUGCUGAUGAAGACCUGGUAUCUGUGAAGACCACUAAUGCUGGGACACCUUUCAAAGCAAAAGAAAGCUUGACUUUAGGGAAGAAAGCCAAACACGUAGGUAUGGAUGAAAGCAUGAAAAUGCUCAACUGCUGUGACAACCAUCCUAGUGGGGAGUUGGCCAAAAGUAAAACAUCAAAGCCACCUAAAGAGAGAGGAACAAACUGGCUUUCAGACUUUGGAGAAGAAAGACACGAAACAUUCAAGAGCACAGAACUGCCUCGAAAUAAAGCCCCAAAGCCAUCAAUAUUUGGGGCAGAAGAAGAAGACGACGCAAGUGUCCAGUGCAAAGCAGGGAAGAAGAACGGCAGUGGUCCUUUCCUGCCAGCAAAGCAGGGGAGCCAAACUAGGUCAGACCUGAGGCAGACCAAGAACCUUCCCUGUGCUUCUCCAAGGAGUGAACUCAAGACUGGUGGUACUAACAGCAUGGCAGAAAGCACCACGCUGUCCAAGAAAGGUGCCAAGAAGAGGAAGCCACGCAGUGGCAGUUGGAGCAAGGAGCUUAUCCAGAAAAUUGUCCAGCAAAAGAACAAAUUCCAUAAACUGCACAGCCAGAAUAGCAAAGCAGUGUCACUUUCCUUGUUCACCAACCGGUUGCUUCCAGAAACGAAGGACAACAAAUUUGGCGAGUAUGAAUACAUGUCAGAAUCAGAUGACGAGAGGGUGGAGUACGCCAAGCGACACUGCAGGAGAAAGCUGGGCUCCAGAUUCAGUGGACAGCUCAGAAGCGGCUUGAGCAGAAGGACUCAAGGAAGAGGAGGAAGGGAGAAGGGGACGGAGCCAAUAUGGAGGUAUGGUUCCAGAAGAGGAGAGGAGGAACCCAAAAGACUUGCAAGCAAGGAGCUGCAAAGGACAGGUGGUCCUUCAGCAAGAGUGAGGAGGAGAAGCAGUAGGUCCUCCACAAGCAGUUGCCAGAGUCUGAGCAUGUCCAGUGAGACCAGCAACAGCCCCCAGAGUACUGAGAGGGGGGAUUCAGACACCGAAAGAGAGAGUGAACAGAGGAAACGGUUCCUGAAAAUUUCCAGAUGUGUCGGACCCCUUAAUGUUCCUGAGAACAAAACUAUAAGAAGAAGCCACGGUAUGAGUUCCAACUUGCCUAGAAAGCCCACUACGGUUGACCCACCUCAAACUCAGCCAGUAGAUAAACAGAAAUUUCAGGAAGACAAUCCAAGCAUUCCCCAGGACACACAUCUCACACAGAGCAGAGAGAUGUCAUGUCCCUCUGAGGCCACAGCUGGGAAAGGUCCCACUGUGCCUCUUUCUCCUGACGUUUCUGACCAGUACCAUGGGGCCUUCUGCGGUGACAGUGAACAUCCAAGGGUGAUGCCAAAAGACACAGAUGGGGCAGAGGGCCAUCGCUGCCAUCCAUACACUGCCGGUAAAGGAGGGAUCUUGAAAAACCCAGCGGAAGAACCCACCGGUUCUCCUUCCGUGGGCAAGCACAGCAUUUCCAGUGAGGAGAGCACCAGCUACGAACAAGUGGACCUCGAGGGCCUGAAGAACCGGCAGGAACUCAUUAUGCCAAUCAGCUGCUUCGGAGACAAUCCUGGGAGCAGAGAGACCUCUGGGAAAAGUGUCAACCCCUUUCUGGAUGCUGCCAAUGCAUUUUAUGACUGCAAAGAAUUAUCCCACAGCUAUGAGACCCCAAGUCUAUUCUCAGGGCGGCUGACCAUGGGACCUCCCCCUAACGAAAAUGCGUACUUAUGUCAGGGAGACUUUGAUGUGCCCUCGUUCAAAGAGAAGCACGAUAGCAUCCUGCCCUGUGAAUCGGAUCAUGCCCAGAGUAAGGUCUCCGCACCACUUCAUUUUGAUUCAUCAUCAGCAUUUUUAGAAUUCCCUAUAGUUGAGUUUGAUGCCAACUUAUAUGAUAGUGUGGCUUCAAGCAAGGAUAAUUACAUCCCCUUUGAGUGCGCCAGUCAUCAGCUUAGCAAGAUAAUCCCCUUUGACCAGCAAUAUUCCUCUUUUCUGCCAGAAAAGGACUGGACUCUGAUGGGGGACGUGUCUCCCAUUUUGGCAGGAGGUACGCCCCCGAUUCCUAGACUGCCUGUUGAAAAACCAAUAGCGAAGAGGCCCUCCAGCAACAUCAGCCCCUUGUCUCUAUCUGACCAGCUUUCUGAGUAUAACGUGCAUUUCAUGAGUGGCCUGUCCGAGGAUGAGCUGGAGAUUAAAAGGUUGGUCACUGAGCUCGAAAGCCAGUUGCAAGCAAACAAGCUUCCUCUGCAGGCGCCUUAUGAAGACCAGGCCUCAGUGAAUCACCUCAGCCUGGAAGCGAAAGAAUCGGCUCAUGAGUUUUUGUCUUUACGGCUGGACCAGGAACAAGAGGGCAAAGGAUUGUUUCUAAUUGAGGCUGGGUAUGAGAAUGCCAAGCUCCUUCCCACGGAACCAUUUAGCUGUGAAAAUAUAGCGAGUGAGAAAAGAGCCCCUUCAGCUUUGGAGACCAAGUAUGGGAGUCCCAACGCCCCUUGGCCGUGUGCAGGGUCAUUCAGCCCAUUAGGGUCAGCCCCGGGUUUGAUUCUAGUAGGUACGUUUAGCCCCCAAGGGCACCAAGACAAAACGGCUGAAAAUCUGAAGGAUAUUGAAAUCUCCGCUGAAGUUGACUUUGGGGGAAUAAAAAAUGAUUCAUGCCUGGAUGAGGUAUCAAACAGCUCCAGGGCGCCAGACUAUGCUGAACAGGUUAUACAAAGUCCUGAUUCAAUCUUUCCCGAAUCUCUGGAGGACAGGGAUUUAAAUCCACAUGAGAAUUUGUCACUGAGAUCAGAUGUCUUCCCAAAGCUACUGUCAGAGCAGAAAACAUGCGGUAGCCCCACUGAGUUAGAAUCGUAUGGCCACGACGUCUCACCGUUAGAUCCGGAAUUUGACUUGCAGGGUGUGGAUGCUCUAGAAUCAGACGAAAACUUGUCUUCUAGUGCACAAAGCAAAAAUCCAGAAAAGCACCCACCUGAAAAGCUAGAAACUACAAGUCUGUUCCAGAACAACGAAGAUGAGCAUCUAGGUAAUAAUGACGAGACUAGGAGCCAAACAGUUUGCCAGACUUUAAUGCUCAAUGCCAAAGGUGACAAUGGAGACACACCACACUUUGAUGUGCUGACUUUUUCCAAGGAGGUGGAUGGAGACGUUGGGUUCAAGUCCAGCACCCAAGAGAAAGCAGGUAACCCUCUGCAUCAGCUGCAGUUGUUCGUGGCCAGGACAGUUAAAAACAAUGAGGAAGAGUUGGUGAGUUCAUCCUUCCCAGUUCAGCAUCCUGGGGCUCACCUGCCCACAUGGCAGAGCCUUGCUCCACAGCCAGAAGAGGAGCUUAUGGACAAAGAGCCAAAUGAAGAAGUCACCAGUGGCCCCGGGUUGGAGAACAAGAGAGAGAAUCUGUUAAAAGAGACUGCCAAGUUUCCAACCAAACUGCUUUCAGAGCCAGAGAAAGAGACAGAGCCUUUUGGUGAAUGUGCCUCAGAUGUUUCCAAAGACUCAGCCCCAUUGAACCCAGCACAAUACUCUAAAGUUGUCCAGCAGCAGCACUUAAAGGUUGAAUGUUUGGAAGUGAACGGCCACGCCAUGUGUGCAGAGGGUAUCUCCCCGGAGUCCGAUAACCUCUCUCCACUCAGCAACUCAGAAGCAGCCUCGGUGCUAAGUGGGGGAAGAGCACAGCAGAGCCCAGUUACAGGACUGGCAAAGGAGGAUCAAGAAGAGAAGACCUUGGCAUUUAGAGACUGCAGAAAAUCCCCCUUAAGCCCUUGGUCGCCCGAGAAGAAAACACCACAAGGGGCUUUAUCUGCUGUGCUCCAAGCACAGGUGGGCUCUUGCGCUUCUUGGAACUCUGGGGACCAGGAGUUGGGUGCCGACAAAGUCCACCAGGUGGAAGAGAGUGAAGAUCAGCUGCAAGACCUGCAACUUAACAUGUCGUUGACUCCCAUCUAUUCCCCUGAAAGCCAAACGGAGCGUGUUCAUCUCCUGCAGAGAAAUGACUUCUCUUCAGCAAACAGCUUGGAUUCAACAGAAGGUCAUGAAUCGGAGAAGCAAGUCAGUUACUAUGCUGAAGCCUCCCAGGCUGGACUUUCUCUGGUUCUUGGCUCUGCUGAUCAGAAAAAGGUGCUAAAAACAAGAAAUGCUACAGGCUCUGACUUCGGAGGGAUUCCAUUGGAAGAGAUCCCUGGUCAAAUCAUUGCAGCAAGUCAGCAAGUUGCCUUCCUUAUGUGCAGCUUCCCUUCCGUUGUCGAGAAGAAGACGGCAGUUCCUCAGCCGAGCCCACCCAGACCGAAGGGAUGUGCAGAAGCCCUUCCGUUCUUCCCCUCCUGUGAUGCCAUUUCACACCUGCCCCCAGAUAUGCCUGGUGCCCUGGCUGAAGACCUCAACCAUGCCCUGAUGGAACCCCAGAAGAAUGUCCCUCUGGGUUACUCCUCAUCUCUCUGCUCCAACAAAGGAGCAUCUUCUGCUGCUGAAAUAAAUAGACCUUUGAACUUGCAAAUGAGUGACUGCAAAUCUCCCAGCAGGCUCCCUCUGAAAAGCAGGAAGCGUCCUGAAGAGCCCUCUGACUAUCAGCCGGAUGAAGACAAAGGCAUGUUUUCCGUGAGGGAGGAACCCAGGGGUCCUCAGGCAGUAUCCAUACACGAUAUCUUGCUCGCCCCACUUCCAUCGGGAAUAGAUUCUGUUGAGCUGAGAGGUGGAGUCUAUAAUGAAAAUGUGUCAUCAACAUCCAAACCCCAAGAGGCAAAGGACAUUGGAGGAGACCCCCAGGAAGAAAGUAGAGAUCCGUGUCAGUCGGAAUAUUUCCAGAAAGAUGUCAAUGUUGAAGAGAUGCCAGUUAUCCUUCUGACUCAAAUGGCUGAUGACACUAGUCGGAUUCCACCAAGAAGAUCCUCAAGUGACUCACAGGAUCUAGGAAACAGAAGCAAUUUGAAGAAGGAGGACUCUGCAUCAAAUGAGAAUUCGAAACAAUCAUCUGACUGCAUGGAACAAUCCAUUCCUGAGGAUCAAACCUUAAGAAAUUAUUCUAAGCCUGGACAAUCCAAAGCAAGGAAGAGGAAAGGCUUGCAAACUGCUUGUGAUAUUUGCUCCAUUUCUUUUAGAUCCAAAACUGGGUUGAUAAGACACAAAGCUGUGAAACAUCAGAGGAAAAAGGAUGGAGUCGUGUUACCUGACAACAAUUCAGCCCCGUUGGAAAAAGCAUUAAAGACAAGCAAAGUGUUUCCCAAGAAAAGUGUGAAGUGCUUCAUUCAAGAGAAACCUAGUAACUCAGACCUUUCAAAAGCUGUAGGCCGGUCUUCUCCUAAGGCCUCCAGAAGGCAAAAGAAGGCGCCAAAGGCACGGGGCCAAGAAGGUAUUAGCAAGGAACUCAAUGGCCCAAAUGUUAUUGCGUUGGACACAGCUCAUGAAUUCCAAACGACAGAUGAAAUACAACCCACCAGCUCACAAGCAGAGAAAUCAGAUGGGUCAGAAAUCCAGUCUAGAAAAAACACAAGUACAGAAAAAGCAACCAGAGUGGCCCAUACCAAAAGAUCAAGUAGCUACGCAAGGCGAAAAACCAAGGAAAAACCCAGGCAAACAAAAAUGACAUCAGACAAGGAUGAGGUCACUGCCUCCUCUCUUCAGGAGUCUGAGGUCCCUCCGGUUCAUGGUAACACCACUGGCAUCACUGAUGACCACAUUCUGACCACCAUCCCUGAAGAGCCUGGGAAAGGGUCAGAAGAGCAGAUCAAGGUAUCUUUGCCAUCGCUUCCUCAGCAGUCCUUGACAAAUGAAUUAGAAAACAUCAAUGAGAAAAUGCCCUCAGCUCAAAGGACGGUUGAACCACAGCUUCCUCAGAACGUGGAGAGCCAUAAAGAAGAAGGAGAAGAGCUGGGACAAGUAGAGCAUAUCCCUGAGAGAUGGCCCAGUGGAUCUGUGAAAGAAGGUGAGGAUGAACCGAACCAGAAGUCAUCAGAGAAGCGUCUGUUAGAAGAGGUGACGUGUACCAGUCAGAAUAGCCCGUCGGGAUAUCCCACGAGCCCCAAUCCCUUUUCACCACCUUGUCCUCCUGGAACCGCUUCUGAAACAGGUUCUCCCAAACCCACAUCUGAGAAAGCAUUGGAUGCCCCUUGUUUUGUGACUCCGGAGCCCUGGAAGAGGGAAGAGCCACAGCCACCGAAGGAGGAGCCUGCUGUUGAUCCUGCAGUCGAACCAGAUCUACCGAGCUUGUUCGAUGAUGAUGCCACAUUUUCACAACUUUUCCCCAGAAAUGAUGAGUUUGCCCGUAGAAAAUGCACACGUGUGUAUGGGAAGCGCUCCAAAAAGCCUAAAGCUGUUUCAGAAAUCAUUGCAAAACCAGAAGGCACACCAGAUCUUUUUAUGAUCCGCAUGGCUUCUGAUCUUGGCGAAAACAGCUCCUUCUGUGUUACCCGGGAAGAUCCUUGUGAAUAUGACACAAUUUCCAUUGAUGAUGCUUUGAUGCUCAACAUGUGUCAUGGGAGUCAAGUCACGAGUGGUGAUGUUAAUUCCAGACCUACCAAAGAAACAGCCCUGCAACUGGAUACUGGGCAAAAGGAAGAUGAUGAUGAUGAUUUGAAAAACAGCGGUGUCUUUCUGUGCAAAGAGAGUCCCACUGGGUCUCUUCCAUGCUUUAAAAGCUGGGAUAACCUUGAGAAAGCAACAGAAAAUAGUUCUGCUGAGGGGCCAUCGUGCAACUCGUCCGUGCAGCUUCCUUGUGGGCAUUCAGCAGCAGAAGACAACCCAGAACUGCCUGACCUGAAAGAAAAACCCCACAGCACCGAAGAAAAAACAUCCUCUGCAUUUCCUACCAUUGACAUGGAGAUGUUGAACAUGAAGUUUGAGACGGGGGAUGUUUGUUUCUGCCCCACUGGAGAAGAUCCGCUGAGUCCCACAAAGGGUGGUGGUGAUGGCCCCUUAGGUCCCAAGCCAACAUCCCUGUUGCGAGUCAAGCCGGUGAAACAUAAGCUAGAAGAAGGGAAGGCGGGGAAAACCCGCAAUGAUUUAAACCUCAAGAAUAAAGACAAGCAGUAUAAAUGCAAAGUCUGCUUCCAGUGGUUCCUUACUUUAGGGGAACUGGACUUUCACAAGCUCAGCCAUAAUCCUUCCCCUCCACCCACAUGCUACAUGUGUGUCCAGAGGAAAUUCAGCUCAAGGGAACAGCUGAGGGACCACUUAAAGGAGAAACACGCCAAGAACAAGGCUGGCCUCUGGGCCUGCGGGAUGUGCCUGAAGGAAAUUUCCGAGGUCUGGAUGUACAACGAACACUUGCGAGAACACGCCACGCAGUUUGCCCGCAAAGGCCAGGCUCAGAAGUCAGUCUUGGGCCUGGGUUUCAGUGAAGAGGAUGCUGCUGUCACGCAUUUCCUCAACUCCAUCAUUUGCCGAAAACCCAGCAGGUUUCCCAAGCAGGCCGAAGGGGGAAACGGAGCACCGGCUGGCAGCGAGGUCAAAGGUCCCAAAGAGUUUUCAGGGCAAGAGCCGGCGGUCCACAAAGACUUGCCGGAGAUCCCCACCAGAAUCCGGCCACCCAUCGCCUCCCUCAAAGUCCCAGCCGUUCCAUCUCCUGAUCCCGUUCCCAAGGUCGAAGGGGCCCAGAAGUCGGUGCCCAUUCACCCUGAGUGCAAAGAUCCCUCCCGAGACUGCCACCACUGUGGGAAGCAGUUCCCCAAGCCCUUCAAACUCCAGCGACAUCUCGUGGUCCAUAGCCUGCAGAAGAUCUUCUUGUGCCACAAAUGUCCCAUGUUCUAUCAGGAGACCAAAGAGCUCCGGAGCCACCUUAGCCAAGAGCAUGAAAUAGCUGAAGAAGCCGACAUCAAGCACACCACUCUGUAUGCCUGUGAGCUUUGUGCAGAUGUCAUGCACGUCAUCAAGAAGUCUUUCAUAUGCAGCACUUGCAACUACACCUUCUCCAAAAAGGAACAGUACGAUAGACACAUGGAGAAGCACCUGGUGGGCAGCAGCAAGACCUUCCGUUUUCGAGGUGUGAUGCGGCCGGGGCCCUUUGCAAAAUAUGGGAAGAAGGACCUCAAAGAGGAGACCCGUGCAAGAGCAGAAGCUCCAGCAGCCAAGAAGAAGAAGGUGUCCCACCACCACAACUCUCCUGAACUGGCUUUGCCUGUGCACUUGGAUGGGGCCCAAGCAUCUCAAGAAGGUAGUCAGACUCUGCCAUCCGCUGGUGAGGCUCUGUCCACAGCCACUAGCCUGGCCAUGCCCCCUUCAGCUCAGCCCCCUAUGGAAACAGAAGGGCCAGGAAGGGAUUUCUCUAGUCUCCUGGCCGAAAGGGGGACAUCUCCACUUCACCACCUACUUCCAUCCCUUCCUCUUGAGCCCCAAGAUGACCCAAGCAGCCCAGAACACAUUACUGCACUUUCUCCCGAAACAUGGGCAGAUGUGGAGAGCCCAGGGGACAACCCAAUGCUUCUCUUAAACUCACCUGAUGCACUUAGCAGUGAUCUUGCCAGUGUGUCACCUAGGAAGACGGCUGCUGCCCAAGGAAAGCUAUCUCUGGCUUAUCUCUCUGAGAAGCACAACAAGGAACACGACAGUCCAGAAAAGGCCAUAGUUAGCCGAAGGGUCGAACACAAUAUAGGGACCUGGGAGAGCCCGUAUUUAGAAGAUCUUGCCAGCAAGGUGCCCAAGUUUUCUCCUGAAAAUCCGGGGUCUUCAGAAUGUAAAUGGUCUCCUGAAAUACAGUGGAGCAGCAAUCCUGAUUUGAAUGGAACAGCCCCUCAGGAGACCGUAAGCAAGUUACGUUUGCCAGAAACCAGUUUCCAUGAGUUACCUCUCAAGGACAAGGCGUCAUCCUCUAUGCUAAACCGGCCUGCCAAGGAAGUUCCUUCAAAGAAGGUCAUCGGUGGUCAGGCCAAUGCUGAUAACACCCCUGGCAUUCCCUGCUCUCUUGAUGGUGCAGAAGAAGUUCAGGUGGGUCCACUCUCGAAAGGCAAAGCUUUCCCAGAAAUGGACACCACUGCUCACCCCAAAGAUACCAACUCCGGUGUUGGCACGAAAGAGACAGAACUCAACUUGGUCAGGCCUGCGAGUGGCGAAGCGGCGAGUGCUCAGUCAAAGAACCACCAUUCUGAGCUGAACAAGUUCCCAGAAAGACCGGCUGCAAAUCGGCUGGCCGGUCCACACUCCAAAAAACCAAAGGAACACAACAAGUCCUCCCAUCGGGGAAACUCGGCCUCCCGAGAGAACAUUGAAGGAGAUGGCAGCAAAAAACGGAAAGGCCGGAGCCAAGAUUCUGUGAAGGGCGACCACGUCAAGAAGGUUGACUGGCCCACUACUGAGGCAUUGGCCUUUUCCUCUCGACGGAGGGACACGCAUGCCAACAAACAGGCCCCUAAACUCAAGGUGUCUGUGACGGACAGCCAGCUUCGAAAGUUGGUGCUUGACCAAGGUUUCCAGAAGAAGGUAGAGAUCGGCCAUGCCAAUGGAGAGUUAAGGCGCAAGAAGGAGGUCUUGGGGAGCAAGGCCCUGUACCCCCUCUUAACCAAAGACCCCUCUGCCUCCCUGCCCAGCUCUCUGAACCGCCGCAGAGCUGUCCAAGGUGCUAAAGUCCCCACUUCCCACAGUUACAGGACAGCUGAGUCCCAAACUCACCUCCUAAACCAACUGUUUGGGCAGAAAUUAACGAGUUUUAAAAUUCCUUUGAGAAGAGAUACUUCUGAGUAA